GGGGGGGAAGGAGAAGCGUUCCCAGAAUUCAGCGCACCUUUGACCUCCGUGACCCAAGAUGGCUGCGCCCAGGGCCGCGGAGGAGACGCUUUGAGUGAGUGGAAGGUAAGAGGGGUCAGUGGCUAAAAAGAUGCGGGGAGGUUGAACUUGGGGUGACCAACGGGGAGAGUGAACCUGGAAGUUGCCUUAGACCGUUCGCCCAUGCAGUCUAGCGUUGUCUGCACUGACUGGCAGCGGCUAUGCAGGGAUUGGAGCUUCUGCACGCAGAGACUGUGCUUUGCCACUGAGCUAUGGCGCUUCCCCCUAAGAGCAAAUUUAGGGGUUUAAAUAGACAUGCAGGUGAAGCUGUCUCAUACAAAGGCCACACCAGACUUUUAAAGCACUGUGACAGCCCUUUAAGAGUCAUUGGAACUGGAGUCUUGUAAGGGUGCUGAGAGUUGUUGGAAGGCCUCUGUUCCCCUCGUAGGGCUACAAUUGUCAGAGUUCCCUGGGAAUAAGAAUUGAUGGUUAAAUACUAUAUAGAAGGAGUGCAUCCCCAGCUGCAUUUUAGCCCAUGUUUGUGAAGCAGAAGCUGGUUGUUGCUCUGGCUUAAUAGCACCUAAAUGCAAAGAGGUUACUUUUCUAAAUGUGGUAUCAGUUGAAUGAUUUCUCACCCCUGACCUUCAGCCUUUCCCUUCCUGAAACUGAGCCAGGGCCCCCAGGUCCCAUAGUUCCUCCUAAAAAGCACCCUAUUCCUUCAGCUAUAUUUUCAGAAAAUAUAUCUAGCAGAUUCUCAAAGCCCAGCUGCAGCGCUGGUCUCUCCUGAUGUCCUCUUUGGGCUCCAGGAAGGGUCUCCUCGUAAGCCAUGAGAACUCAUGAGCUAUCUCCUGCGAUUUUCAGGUUAGAAUAUCACAGGCUAGCCAGCUGCACAUAAGUGGGGGGGACACUCGUGGUCAGUGUUAGAAAUUCAGGUGUAUAAGCUAGGUGCCAAAUGGCACCUUAAACCUAGGUUACGGUUGCCACAACAGAAUGUCUGUUCGCCAGGGUGUUGGACUAGAUGACUCCUGGGGUCCCUUCUAAUACUAUGAUUCUAUGAUCUCGAUUAAAUUGCUGUACUGUAGCUUGCUCUUGCAACAGUUCACUUGUCCCAGUAUGCAAGAAGGAGAAACACACACAGUGGAAAUAGAAAUAGAAAUUAACUAUGGAUUAAGGCAGAGGUUUACAAACUGUGGUUGCCAAUCUGGUGCCCAGAAAUCUCCACGGAGUUGUAAUUGGACCUGCACCAGUAGCAAAAUGCGCCUGGCGCCUGGGGAAUUUUGAUCAAUGCCUGUGGUUGGAUUUCCAAUGUAACAAUAGGCUCCAAUAGGCUCUGGCUCCACCUCCUGUCGGCCUGCUUUCUGCCCUAUCAAUCACAAGGGGCACCAGCUACCCCAACUUGUCAUUGCAUUUCUUCCAGUUUGGGUUAAAGAUUACUGAUGCUUUAGAGCAGUGGUUCCCAACCUUUUUUUGGCCAUGCCCCAGCUAAGCAUCUCUAAAAUCCUGAUGCCCUCCCCACUGUGGCAUAUAAUUCUUGUUAUUCAAAAAGUGAACUCCUGUUCACGUGUAGGAAGCUUAAAAGGCCAUUCACUGUUAAUAACUCAUUCUCGAUUUGCCCCCCUUAAAAAUCAAAUCCCCCCCCGUGGUCCGUGUGUCCCACGUUGGGAACCAUGGCUUUAGAGCAUUGAUUCUGGUUUUUAGAUACUUUGAUUAUUUUAGAUUUUAGAUACGUUGAUUAUUUCGUCUUUCCCCAGCUUGGAGGCUUCCAGAUUCCUGUGGGUAUAGGACGGUAUACAAAUUUAAUAAAUAAUAACAAUAAAUAAUAACAACAAUUCCCAUCAUUCCUGACCUUGGGUCAUUCUGACUGGGGCUAAUGGAAGUUGUAGUCCAAAACAUUUGGAGGGCACCAGGUUGGGGAAGAUUAUCUUUUCCUGAGUUGUAUAUAGUUUUAAGCCAUUGUUACUUCUCCUUAGUUGUGAAAUUGAUGUGCUUUUGAUUUUAUAUGUGGUUUUUUGUAAUCUGUCCACAGAUGACAUUGUGUAGAACUCUUUUUAAUAAUAUUAAAUUUGACUUUUUCUAAUUCAGAUCUAGCCAGAACUUGAAUUACGAUGUCGAAGAUAUCCCGUGCUGCUUCUAAAGCAGUACAAAAGGUGGACCCUGGAAAUUUGAUCCGGUCGAUCAUCCGAGCUGGGCAGGCUGUUCCUGGACCACCCUUAGGACCUAUCCUUGGGCAGGUAUGCAUGGGAGAGGGUUAGGAGGAAUGGAGGUCUAGCAGAAUUGAAGUGUGAGGCUAGAUAACUGAGAGAGUUUCUUUGGGAGCGGGCCACAGUUUGGGACAUAAAUUGGCUCCUUUUAGAAAACAAUCAGUUUUGCUGUUUUCUUCUCUGCCUUUGAUUAAAAUCCCUGGUAUUGAUCAUAAUGAAAAUAAUGAAGGUGUAGCUAACUGGCUGGAAGGUGGCAAUUGAGUGCUAAGGCUUGGAUCAACUGAGCAGUUAUACUGUUUGGCUUGGAAACCCACUCCCUAGUCCUUCGAUUGCAUGAACUUGUUGGGAUUAUUCUGAACCUUCUCCCCCCCCCCCAUCUCCCCCCCCCAUCUGUACCAUGGCAGUGAGGUGUAUAUGUAUACACGCACAAAAUUAGCAGCUAAGUCUUGAAACACUGGGCAAUGUGUUCUGGAGGCCCUGCUGUUAAACCCCAGAUGUGUGUAGAAGUUGAUUGCCCUUGUUCACUGGUAAGAGUGGGCAGGGGGGAAGAACACUCUCGACAUGCUUAGAGGCACUCUCUUCUUUAUUGCUUCACGUUCUGGAGCUGAACCCCCAACUCAGAUACAAUCCUUAUCCGAUCGUAAGCAAAAUAGAGUGAAUCACAGCCACGUAGUUUGGUUAGUCAUUUUGCUAAGCUGCUUUUCUUAGGAUAAGGGACAUGGAAGUGGUGAUUUCCUUUAAGAAACUGUUUUGGCAAUUUUGAGAAUAGAAGAUAGAAAUGAAGCUGGCUGCAAGAGCGAAAAAACUUUCCCACUCCCUCGGCGGCAGGAUUGUGUCUCCCUUUGUAGUACGAAGAAGCACAGAUUGUGAGAUUUGAUUUCUAAGGACACAUGUGACAAAACUUAACUCUGCUGUUUCUGAGCUUAUGGGGUACAGAUCAAUUACUGUAACAAAAUUAAGAACCCAAGACAUAAGAGCAGAGCCUAGUUCUUCUGUGCCCAUUAUGCUCAGGUGACUGAAGGUGCGUCCAGAUGUGGAUGAUUUAGCAGCAGCUGAUCAUUGCCAUUCUGCUUUAACCCAGAACCUGAACAGUAUCUAAUUCCAGACUUCUGGAAUCCAAACAAAAUACUGUAGUCCAAGCGAGCAGUCCUUGUAUCCCAGUCCCAUAUAUUACGGAGGAGGCCAUUUUUAUUGGGGCCAUGGUGUGUGUAUUGGGUUGGGGGGAGAUAAGUAUUCCCACCCCACCAUUAGCUGCACUCUCCUACUGCAAAGUAGGGGAGUGGGGACUGAUACAAAGGCAAUAAUAUUUGGAGAGGGAGGAGCUAAAGUAACGGCAGUGAUUCUUAGACAGGAGAGGCAGACCAUAGAGAAGGACAUUUCUCGACCACAAUCUGUACAGGGCAUUAUUGACCUGUCUAGGCUGCAACAGCUGGGUUAUCUACACCUGAAAAAAUAGUGUGUAGCAUCCAUUUUUAUGUUUAAAUGGGAUUUUCUGAGCUGGGGUGGAGGGGAGGAAGUUGAAUAGGGAAAACAUGAGAUGAGGGUGUUUUGGUUGUGUAGAUGCCCUGCAAAAAGUGUGUCAAUGAAGUGUGGCUUUCUCACAGCAAAUGACCAGUGUAGAGGCAGCCUCCCCCUAUGAAGGUUCUGUUGUUACACUCUUGCUGAUACACCCAGUGCCCUUUUGGCCCUCUGUUCCCAGUGAGGGCACCCAAGAGAAAAGUGAGGCUGUUUGCCAGACAGCAUCACAGAAAAGGUAUCUCACAGUCCGCCCCAGACAGACUUGAGCUGUAUGUGCUGACCUGUUCUGAGUCCUCUGGAAGUGGAGGGACCAGUGGCGGCUGGUGGCGCUCUUGGGGAAAGUUGAGUAGUGUGCCUGCAGUGCUCUGACCCUUGGCUUUUAAGGUGGCAAUGUCUGUGGAGCUGGUGGCUGGUGGUUUGGACGCAGCAGUGGAACGGUUCUUCUGUAGCCUGCGGCUGUCUGUAGGAGACUUCAGCCAUCGCUUGCGGUGGUUCACCUGGGCUGUGUCCGUAGGGCAUGCCAGCCGUGGCCUGAGCACACUUGCAAACCCUGUCAGGUGUCAGGUGCCCAUGGUGUGUUUCAUCUGUGUUUCUACGAAGCUGCUCAUCCAUUGGCUGAGUAUGUCCAAGGCCCCGGCUGCCUCGGAUGUGGCUGUGGCCUGUUUCCCUUCUGCCCCGAGUGCUUCUGUGGUGCUGGAGGGCAGCGCAGCACUUUAGCGCAAUGGCCAAGAAGUUCUUCCCCAUGAAGAUGGAGGAGAUGCGCUGGUCAUGGCAGAGGAGCAACAGCCCCCCGCGGAUGAAGAUGGUGGCCACGUUGACGCUGGCCAGACUCAGGAGCGGGUAGAGAGCGCCAGGGCGAGGGCCCUGCACCCCCAGCUCAUUUAGCGAGACGCAAGGGAGAAUCAGCAGGAGGCCAUAGCAGUAGAAGAAGGUCAGGCCCUCAGCCCACAGGGGGAGCACCCGCCGCUGCGGCUCCCACAGGCUGGCCUGAAUCUCCAGCACAUCCAGCAGGUCCAACACCACCCAAAAGAGGCGCCCGCGCAGUUCGUCUUUCUUCCGGAAGCUGGCGGAGGCCUGGGCCACCAGCUCAGUGGCUCCAAGGACCGUGUAAAGGGCAGGGAUGCAGAUGGAGAGCAGGAGGGUCAGGGUGCGCCGGGCCAGCGGGUCAGGCGCCCGCCCCUCGGUUGCGUAGUGCUGGUAGACGAAGUAGAGCUUGAUCUCCAGCGCGAAGGCAAAGAGAAACCACAGCACCAUGGCGUAGCCUCGCUGGGCCGGCCUCACCUCGCUGCCUACCCACAUGGUCGCGUAGCGCAGCACAAGCAAAAAGAAGAGGUCCCCAGCCAGGGCAAGGGCGCCGACUCCCAGGCGCCGGGCCCCUGUGCUCUGCUCCACCAGGUAGACAUCCAUCGCCCCCAUGGUGCAGACGAUGACCACAGCUGCCACGCAGGUGUGUGGGAUGUUGGGGGCCUGCUGCUCCAUGGUGCCUUUUGGGGGGGCGAGAAAGAGGAGAGCAUACAAUGAAGGAAAUUAAGAAGGAAGGUUGGGGGGGCAUUUUCUGAGGAUCUUACUUUCCCAUCUGAAAGGAGUGAGAAAGAGAGAGCUCUGGAACAUUGGAAACUGUCUUGUAAUGAGUCAGACCCUGCGAUCCCAUCUAGCUGGUACUGCGUGCACUGACUGGCAGUGGCAUUCCAGCAUUUCAGACAGGAUUCUCUCCCAGCCCUGCCUGGAGAAGCUGGGGAUCAAUCCUGGGACCUUUUGCAUGCAAAGCAAACUGAGUUUCAACGCUUCCAAAAUUAUGCAUUUAAUCAAAUAAAUGGGGGGGACGACUUGGUUGUGGCCUAUUUUUAAUUAAUUAAUUAAAUUUCUAUUUUAUUUUUAAUUUGCCCAUCAGUAAAUAUUUCCUUGGUGGCAUAUAAGCAAAACAAUGCUCAAAAAAAAAAGGAAAAAGGAAAAUAACACAGUUAAAAAUGAACAGCAGUUUUGUUAACAAUAGAGAUAGCGUAAAAAAGCUCAAACUGAAAACACUAUUAAAAAGCCUCUAGGUGAAUAAAAAAAAGGUAUUUGCAACCACUGAAAAGGCUAUAGAGGAGGCAUACAUGAGAAGAGGCAAAUCUUCUAGGGAUGUGUAGGUAAAACCAGCGUCAUCAGGGCUUGCAGGGGCCUUCUGGCUUCAGUGUCGCGGUCAGACUGGGGCUGUGGGUGGUUGCUGAAGCCUAUUCACAUGAGCUGCAAAGAACAGCAAUGGGGGUAGGGAGCGUAUAAAUAAAAUUGCCUUGCUCCACUUACUUUGUGACUCGUGCCAGCCUGUAGAAAAGGUCACUCUUGCUUCUGCGCACUUGAACUGCCUAGUUGGGGGCGCCUUCUUCAUGCCCUGUCAGUAUCCGUUAUCGGAAGGCUGAAGCAACCGCCUUUGUCUUAAAACGCCAGAUUGCUGAUCCCAUCUGAUCACUGGAAACGCCAUGACUGUGGACUUUGAAGCCGGGUUGGGGGGGGGGACCUGCAAAGACCCAUUGGUUUAAAACCUCCAAUCACCUUUUCCCUGGUCAGUUCUCCUGAAAGUCCACCUCUUCUUUCACUUCAUCCCAAACCAGACCUGAGACAUUUGGGCUUUGAACCAGGAAGCCCCUCCUUCAAAAGACGUCUGGACCAUGAACUUCCUAGGCGGCCUUAGCGAAGCCCCUCUCAGUCUCCCCACCACCACCAGUCUGCAAUAUGAGGAUAAGAAUGCAGGCCUACUUUUCAGGGUUGUUGCAAGGAUUAAAUGCAUACAGGCAAUGUGUGUAACGCCCUUUGGGUAUUCUUUAAAAAGCUAUAUAAUAUGUGCUGCCAACAUUAAUAGAGUCUGAGCUCGUGUCACUUGAGAGGGGGCCUUUUCGAAUAUGCCUCCCCCUGCUCCUCUGGAGGUCUCCCUGCAAUCAUUAACAUCCUUACGCCAUCAGGUAAAAACUUAACCUUUUCUCCUAGACAUUUGAUGGGUUUUGAAGAUUUUGCUGUCUAUUUAUGGUAUGCGUUUUGCUGCUGUUUUAUGGGUCUGUUUUAUAGAUUGUUGUAAUUGCACUGUAAUGCAUUGUUCUUUUUUAUUUUAUGGUUAAUGUAUGUUAUGCUCUUCAAGUUUUUGCAAGUGGCUUGGAUAGUCUUUCUGUGGCAAGCGGCUGGUACGAAUUCAGAAACAACAAUAGAGUAUUGUGGCACGUUAAACACUAACAAAUUUAUGAUUGCACUAACUUUCAUGGACUGUAGUUUGUGAAAACCUUUGCUGUAAUAAAUUUGUUGGGUCUCUUAAGGUGCCACAAUACUUGUUGGUUUUGCUGCAACAGGCUGACACAGUCUCUUUGACUAGCAUUAGGUACAACCUGUUAAUUCUGCAUUUGGGUAAAGGUGUGUUUUUCUUUAGUCCUGAAUCUACUGCUAAUCAAUUUUACUGGAUCAUCCCAGGUUUUAGUAUGAAACAGGCAAAUUCCGCUCCACCAACUUUCUACUGCACAUGAGUCACAGUUUUUAAAAACCUCAGCUCACCUUUCUCUUAACCAUCUCUUUUUUCAAACUAAAAAGCCUCAAAUGUUGUAACAUCUCCUCCUAGUGCAGUUGCUGUCCAGCUCCCUGAUAAUUUUUGUUGCCCUUGUUUUCUGCACCUUUCCCAGCUCUGCAUUAUCCCUUUUUGUUCCCCGUGUGGCUGCACCAUGGAUUUCUGUAAAGGCAUUGCAGUGCAAUCAGUCUUACUUCCAGCCCUUUCCCUAAUACAGUAAUCACAGCCGUGGGACUUGCCUCUUUUGUACUGGCAUGAAGUAUUAUUUAUGAAUUAAUAUUGAUAAUGAACCCUUCCUUAACUUUAUUGUCACUUGGAUGCCCGCAUGGAGAUUUUGUGCUGAGCACAUCCAAAGGGCUUAAAUUUGAGCCAGCAGUCAAGCUGGCUGAAGUUGCAUUUAAGGAGAGGCUGCCCCUAUCCAUGUGCAGAGUAUGUGUUUAGAGAGUGGGGGAGCAUUUCCAGGUCAGAGUGCAUAGCAUCCAGACAGCUUGAGCACCCUGCCCCCAACACCUGGCCCACAAAUCUUUCCCACAGGGUUACAGCCACCACAUAGAUCAUCACAGCACAGCAAUGACUCAGUAUGGACAGUUUUAUGCUAACUCUGGACCAGCGCAGAAGUGGAGCAACAGAAGUAGAUGCACAAAACUAACCCUCUCUGCAGUCAGACAAACUUAUCCACUACAACCCCAAGAUCUUAUUCUGGGUCAGUUCAGACACAGUUCCCUGUCCAUUCCCCCCAACCCCCAGUAAUCCCCACAAAACUGAGACAUUCCUCCCUCCCACCCCUGAAUUACCAUACAAAUCCUCAGCCUUCUUGAAAGGACAAGGCACUGGGAUUUGGGACCCCCUCUGCCUGCUCAACUUGCUCAGACCAAGGUUUUCAGGAGCAUGAAGGCUGUAGGAAGAGGCUUCAGAACAAGCAGGAGUGCAGAGGCCAAGGCCUGGAGGCACCAUUUGCCCAGUGAGGAGAGAGAGAGAGCUGCUCUGUACAUCCUCAGAGGCACUCUUUCUCCUGCUCAGAUAUCCUCAUGUGCAUACCAGACAGGACUGGGAGGGAAUGGGGUCUUCCCCAGUUGUGAGUGAAAUUCCCCCACCCAAGGAGUUGGGAACCACUUUGUGUACAGAGGUAACAGGGAGGUAUCCUGAUUCUUGGAUUUAUUUGGUUUUUAUUAGACGGGGGAGCCUUGUAGAAAGUGUGCAUGUGUGUCUGUUUCUGUGUGUCUGUUUGUGCAUUAUGCCGGAGGGAUCUCCGUCCUCUAGAUUGGGGGUGUUGAGGGGAGGGACCUACGUAUUUGCUGGACAAGUGCAUGGCAGCUGUGUGUGUGUGUGUGUGUCUGCUUGACUCUGUCCCUGUUCAGCCAUCCUGUUUUUGCCGCUGGGAGGGAGGGUGGGCUGUUGAGUCCUUGCCAUUCACAUCCUCCCCCUCCCCUCCCCCUCCUCAGCUCUACAGUUGCUCCUUGUGCCAAAGGAAACGCACACAGGAUAUCCUGGUUCGGCCCCCUCCCCACUGCUCGCGGGCGGGGGAUCUCUGGCGCAUCCUCCCCUCCUCCCUUCUUCCAAUACCUGCAGGGAUCCGGCAGCGUGUGCUUCUACCUACCUCUCCCGAUGUGCUCAGAGCAAGGCAGAGACAGGGUGAGGCGGUCUGUUCUCCCUCAAGGAGGAGGAGGAGGAGGAUCCCUGUGUGUGCGUCUCCCCACCCCCAGCCUGCUCUUGGACGGAGGAUUUAAACACACACGUACACACAAAGCUCCCUCGUUUCGCCUUCGCCGUCGUUCAGUUUUUCUUGCCCAUUCAAAGGGCCAUGGCUGUGGGACUGUUUCCAAGUGGUUUUCAUUUGAGCCUUCAUUCAAGUCUGGCACAAUUGAAGUAACCGUCGAGGGGCGGGGAGUUCCUCUGAGCAUAUGCUGAGUGCCUCUUUGGUCCCAGGGGCAGGUGAUUCACUCAGCCGCACUUUGCCACCUUGAGUGGGAUAGAUGUGUAAGAAAUGACUCUGUCCAUCCAUGAUUAAAGGAGGCAGCUGGUUCCAAACCAGAAGGGUUAAUUAACAUCCAAGCAGCUUGAGACUCAGCACCACUCUUUAGAAAUAGACUGCUGUGCUGCACCUCUUUUCUGGAGCAGCGCUGGAGCAGAAACUAGCCUACUGUAGAUAGGUGAAAUUUGCAUUCCCUCCCCCUCCACUCUCUUUUUCCUCUGAGCCUGCCCACUAUUGGCCACAUGGUCCCUGGAAGCUUUCCCUUGGGCUGAACAAGGGAUUCCUCCACCAUCAUCACCCCCACUGUUACCUCCCCCGCCAAGCUUAGACAGGGCAGCUAUAGGAGAGUUUGCCCCUUCUGGGGAAAGGCUUGGGAGCUGAGUCCUGAAAUCCUUCUAGCACCCAGAAAAAGGAAGAUUGGGUAGAGACACAAUAGCAGGCUUCAAAUAGCUGAAGGGCUGUCACUCACAAGAUGGGACAGACUUGAUUCUGGCCCAGACAGCAGGAUUAGAAGCAAUGGAGGGGCAGGAAUGCCAGGGAGCAGAUUUCAGCUGCUUGUGAUACAUGCUGUUCAGUAGUGGAACAGGCCACCUGGGGAUGUGGUGGGCACUUACUUUCCAGGAGGCAAUUCAGCUGAGAGCGGAUCGCCUUCUCCCAGGAAUGCUGUGGUUGCAUCCUGAAUUCUUUCUGAUCCUGCAAAGUGUUGGACUAGCUGCCCUCUGAAUUUCCUUCUAAAUCUCACUUUGUGUGAUUCCUGUCUCUUAUCCCCCUCCAGAGAGGCAUCUCCAUUGGGCAAUUCUGCAAGGAUUUCAAUGAACGCACAAAGGACAUCAAGGAAGGGAUCCCUCUGCCCACACGCAUCAUUGUACGGGUGAGAAGAACAUAAUUUACCUAUUUAUUUAGAGGCAGGGCUGGAAACAUCUUGCAGGCAGAUGUCUGUCUUGAACCUUGAGUGCCUGGGCCCUAGAGUUCAAAUACUUCUGUGUGCAGCUUGCUCUGGAGGAUCCCAGGUCGUGUGCCAACCACUUUUGACGUCUUACACAGAGUCAGAUCCUUGGCCCAUGUUGUAUACAGUGACUGGUGGUAUCUCUCCUGAGACAUGUGCUGUACCACUGAGUUACUAAUAAUAAUGGAUGUGGUAGUCCAGAACAUCUGGAGGGCCCCACGCCUGGUUUGCACCUCAUUUUUGUGUUUGCGCCUUUGCCAGAGAUCUCUGAGGCAUGGCUGACUUAACUCUCUUAGCUUUUCCCUGUACUCCUUUUUGCAGCCUGACCGAUCGUACGAGCUUCAGAUAAACAAGCCAACAGCCACGUAUUUUCUGCUGUCGGCGGCUGGCAUAGAAAAGGGAGCAACAAAUCCUGGUGAGAGACACAACCAGGGAGGGAAGCUGCUGGGUCGAGUGAAGGUCCAGAGGCAAAGCACUGGGAGAGAACGGCAGAAAGGAGCCAUCUGAGCACCAGAGCUGGGGGGGGGGGGGCAUGGGACCAGCAGCCCACGUCCUGGCAAUGUUGUCACCAGUGGCUUCUGGGUUGGGGUUGGUUUUCCCACCUGUUUGUCAAGGCUCAAAUCACUUAAGUACAGUGGAACCUUGCUUCCCAAAUGGCUUAGUUGCCAAACAAAUCGGCUCUCUUAACGCCGCAAACCCAGAAGUGAGUGUUCCAGUCUGCGGGUGUUUUUCGGACACUCCUGCAGCCAAUUGGAAGCCAUGCCUUGGUUUUCGAACGGUUUUGGGAGUCUUCUAAUGCUCUGCAGGAUGUUUUUUCCAUUUGUUGUUUUUGCUGUGACAGUCUAGCACAGACUCUGGAGUUACCACUAAGUACAUGCCCCACAUUAGAACAGGUUCAAAAUUGUGUUGGGGGAAGCAUAAGCCUUGGAGUUUGAAUAUUUUGAGUUCAAAUGAAUUUUUUUCCCCUCUCUCAUGUGCAUGAUAACACACAUGGCUAAAAAUGUUGGGAGUUUUGAGGUGUGCUGGGAUUUCCCCCUCUUGGGCUUUGGUAGCAAACCUCCAAUUGGCUCUUCCUGGCUUUAAGACCCUCUCUUUGCUGUGCUGCAGGGCAUGAGGUGGCAGGAAUGGUGACCUUGAAGCACUUGUACGAAAUCGCCCUGGUGAAGUCUCAGGACCCAAACUUCGUGCUCCGCGACACGCCGCUCGAGAAGGUCGUCCUGUCACUCAUGGGGACUGCCCGGUCGCUGGGCAUCAAGGUGGUGAAAGAGUAAGUGACUGGUGCCCAUGGGAAUCAGUAGCUGAAGAGCACAAACCUUGGGAAGAAUCCACGAGGCAGCGGAGAAGCAGACUCUGGUUGCAGUUUGCAUACAACGAUAAACCAGGCUUCUCAGUUUAUUGAAUGAGCAGGGGGCUGGUCCAUGUUAUCUUCCCAGUUUGCCCCACCCUUGGGGCAGGCAGGAGUAGGAAAAUGGGAAGACUCAGCUUCCUGUUCUGCCCAAAUGAAGGGUCAUAGUUUCUUGCUUCCUUAACAGUUUGGGACCAGUUUACUUAAGGGAUCUCCCCACCACCCCAGUUGGAUCACUUUGAUCUGCAGAACUUGCAGUUUGACUAAAGCCACACCAUCCCAGUCCACAUUUGCAGGGAUUUGACCCUUUAGUGUGGCAGCACACUUGCUGUGGAAUUCUGUACCUAUUGACAUUAAGCGGUUGCUCUCACUAUAUUGUUUUGUCGUUGCUCUAUUGAUAAUUCACCUUUUCUCCAAGGACAUGGCCCUUGUCCUCCCAGUUUUAUCCCCACAACAACCCUGUGAGGUAGGACGGCUGCUGCAAACGUCUUCCAGCAAGCCCACCCAGGCAUUUUGCUUAGCUACCUCUAUUUGUUUCAAAAGGUUUUAUUGAUUUCAUCUAUGUUUUGGUGAUGAUGGUUUUGUGCCUAUUUAUUUUUCAAUUCAUUUGUGGAUUUCGGCCCCUUUUGAGCUACAGUGGGAGAGCAAUCUGAUCGAUUGGUUUACCAAUCUUCUAAACAAAUAGCAAGCCAACAACAAAUGGUGGCUUCAGAUGGGCUGGUGCUUAUUCAGAAAGUAUGGAUCACGGUCAUGUGUUAAUGUAGCCUCUGCUUCCUGGCCUGGUUUUUUUUUUUGGGGGGGGGGGUUUAGGUGGUGGUGGGAAGAGAGAGUAUUGGGAGGGGGAACAAUAACUGAAAUUUGGUAACCUGACGAGGUGACCCUUGAUGCCAUCGUAAGGAGAGGCUGUUGGUGGGAACCAGGAUACAACGGGCAGCCAAAGUAACUUGCCAGGUGGAAAGGAGUUUCCUGGCAGUUGGGUCACUGUUGCUUGCCCAGGAGGGGCGAGGCAGCAGAGAGGUGGACAUAGCACUGCCCUCCCUGCUGCUUCACCCUUCUCCCUCCCUCUAAGCAACAGUGACCUUCCUCCCAGAAAUCUGGUCGAGCAGCCCUGCCCCACCUGGUGAGCCCCACCUGAGCAGCAAACCCUGUGAAGCAGCAGAGAAAGGUGUGGGGCAGAACUGGAAACGGGGCAGAUAGGCUUGACGUGAAGCAAGGAGGUGCAAUUCUCUUUCCUCUUCCCCCUCCUCCAGACUCCAUGCAGAGGAAUAUGCUGCUUUCCUGAAGGAGCGCGAAGAGUUAUUGGCAGCUCAGGCCGAAGCAAAGGAAGCUGAACUGGCAGCUGCAAAGAAGAAAUGAGCACCAGCUCCCUCCAUUUGGGCACACUGAGAUUCAGAUCCCCAGAGUGCUUGGAGUGCGAAUGGUGCCGGCUUCUUACCUGUCCCGUCUGCUGUGCACUGGGAGCUAAGUCUGCUCAGUGACUGGUUUGGUGAUGCCUUGCUGAAGAAGACAGGGAGGAAGGCGAGAGGGCCAUGGCUUCUGGUCAGGGCUGGUCUGACACUGGAACUCCCAUUGUAAUUAUUGUCAGUCCCUUUUCAGUAAAUGAUUUCUUUUUAAAAAAAUAAUCUCACAAUUUUCCUCUGUGUCUUCGAAUGUCUGUGCUGUUUAUCUUUCCUCUCCCUUAAUCUUUUAAAAAGUUAUUAA